AUGCCAUUCUCGUCGAGCUCCUACACCUCCUACAGCGCCACAACCUCAGCAUCCCGAACGCAGAACGGCGAGACGCAAAGCUGGGGCCAUCGCAGCGCCAACCAAGUUUUCCGCGAUGAAGACAACUCGAGGCACGAACGUUCACUCUCGCAGAACUUAGGCGAAGAUCCUGUGUAUGAAGAGAGGCAUUAUGAUUCCCAGGGCCGCCCGUUACUCGAUGGUGGGAGCAGUCAGCAGCGACAAGAUCGUAUUGAGGAUGUUACUGAUCGGCAGUAA